UCAGUUCAGGCAGUGCAAGCAAAAAAGGACAAGCAUCAGCACACUUUCUUCACCACCGCAGCUCUGCAAGUUCAGUAGUUCUAUAGGGCACAGAGAUCACAAUUCAGUACCUUCUCUCCAGCAACGCAGGGACAAGAAGGGGAGGAGAUGGCUGCUCCGGCGAAGGCUUCGUGGAUGGUGGUGAUGAGCGUGGGCGCCGUGGAGGCGCUCAAGGACCAGGCCGGACUAUGUCGCUGGAACUACGCGCUCAGGUCCAUCCAUCGGGCCGCCAAGGCCAAGGCCAACGUCCGCGUCGUCGUCUCGCAAGGCAAGAAGCAGCUCCCGACCUCCGCGGCGGCGGCGGCGGCGGAGAGGCGACGGGCAGAGAAGGCCGAGGAGGGGCAGAGGACCGUCAUGUACCUCAGCUGCUGGGGCCCAAACUAGGAGUACUAGUAGCUAGGGGCGUUGUGUUCGUCGGAGCAAAGUAUGCAACCAUGGCCUGAGUCCCUGAGACCUGGCUGAUUGCCCUUUCCGCACGCUUGUAAGAUAUCACUUGAUGAUGAUGAUGAUGAAAAUUUCGGUCACAGUUUUUGACUA